AUUUUAAUUGUCAUUUAUACACGUAUUAUAAAUUAUUAAAAAUAUACAUUUAAGAGUUUUAACCAAGAAAUGCCGGGUUUGCCAGAACAAAUUUAUUGCGCCGAGCAGAUCACAAUUCCUCCAUCGUUUCCAUAUCUUUUAAGACAGUAUGCAAAGGCUGCUAUUAGAAGUCAACCCAAUGAUUUAUUGCAAUGGUCCACAGCUUAUUUCCGCUGCCUGUCACUCAAUAUACCUCCACCAGUGAAGCCACGUCUAGAAUACCCUAUACCACGCGAUCACUAUGGAAUCACUCCUGGCUGGCUAAAGGCACUACUUUAUCAACUAACUAACAAUAAGACUAUUCAUUUUAAGAUUUUAUGGGAUCGAUGGAUCGGAGCUUGCCUAUCACAUCAAACACUUAUUCAAAUUUUGUGUUUGGGAGGUUUCGAUAAUCCCAAGGAGAUACCUUGGUUGAGGUUUAUUGGACUGUGUGCGGCACAUUUAACAGAUAGUUUGACGGAAUCAAUGAAACUCAUAUGCGAAAUAAUGACGGAUGAGCCUGAAGGUGCCUCGGCUAUGAUUCCUUUCGCAACAUUUAUGGAUUUGUAUACAUUUCUCGCUAACAUAGAUGCAUCUAAACCUCAAUGGUUGAAAAAUAUGUAUUUUACCGAUUCGUUAUUAAGUUUAUAUAGGGAAGUAUCAGAAAAAGAAGUUAAAGAGGAAGUAAAAGAAGAAGUUGUGAUUGAAGAGGAAAGUGAAAAAAGUCAACUGCUCGAAAAAUCAGAAUCUGAAGAGAUAGAAAAAGAGUUUAUUAAAGAGGAAGUAUCCUGUCCAAGUUUAGGAAAAGACGAUCACUACGAUGUUGAUUACUAUAUCCAACAUGUUACUGAACAAGAAGCAGAACAGGAACAUGAGGCAGAAGAAACUGAAACUUCAAAAGAGAUCCAAUUACCUUCAUAUCUCCAAGACGUUUCUAAAGAGGAACCUGGCGAAGGCGAUGACACAGUGGCACCCGAAGUACUUUAUGCUCAACGCAUGUAUGAAAUGGAAGCUGAAGAAGAAGAAUAUCAAGGCGAGUCCUUGUAUGCAGCUCUUGCCGAUAAGGAUAUGGAAUUACCUGAAGAAGAAGAGCCUGCUGUAAAAGAAUCCAUUGAUACAGUCAUCGAAGAACCUAGAAAGAUCGUUUCAGAUGAUUUUGAAGAUGAGAAAAUCCUUUUAGAAGAUUUGGAACGUCUAAAGUCACUACAACAAGAACUUCCUGGUGAAGAAGAUGAAGAGAUUGAAAAAUUUAAGUGCAGGCUUAUAGCUGAAAUGCCCCUUACAGAUUCCCAGCAGGUAGCUAUAGAACAAUUUAAGAAAAAGGAAGAAGAAGAGGUGGUCGAGGAAGUUGUUGCCGAAGAAGAGAAGAGCGAAGAGGAGAAAGAAGAAAAGAAAGAAUACGAGGAUAUAUGGGUUGAUAAAGUUCCGGGUAUAGGACCAAUUGUUCCAAGCCAUUUGAUCGAAGCUGUGGAAGAAUACAUGAAAAGUGUCGCUGCAAUUCAACAUAGUAUGGUGAUGCCCAGAAAUAUUAGACAUUACAAUUGUCCACCUUUGGAAGUUAUCGAAACAUAAAAUAUAGUGGUGAUUAAAUACUAAUUAUAUUUUUAUUAAAUCAAUAAAAAUAACGUAAGGAGUUGUUUUA